UAUUGGACCGACUCUAAAUGGAAUCCGAUUACAGCAUUACCAGCGAUAGGAAUUAAAACGAAAUACGCAUAAUGAGAUUUACAUGAAGCUAUGUUACCACUCGAAGAUAUACGCGCGAAUACUGAUCAAAGCGAUAGGCAUGGCGUCGAGACGGAUCCGGCGAUCGGGAGCCUAGUACGGCUUCGUUUUAAGAUAAAAGAAAUGAACGGAUCUUGAUUGAUUCCGCGAGGAAAUCGUUUGGAAACGACAUUCGAUCAACAAGAGACUCGUUAGCCCCGGUUUGCAUGACCGAAUUCGAUACACGUGACAACGUACGAAGUAAGCAAUAUCUUAUCGCCGAUAGUUUUUUCUUAUCGUCCCUUCGAUCGAUGUUCGAGAAAUCAAAACCAAAUAUAAUAUGGCCGAUCCGACGAUACAAACGUUUUGUUGUCAUCACUCGAACAGUACGGACAUGGCGAUUGUGAUUAUGCAGGAGUUCAAUACAAAUGCAUACAACACAGUGUGCAUGCUCUCCUCAGCUAUAGGUAUGCUAGGUGCAAUUUAUCAGAUACUGCCAAGAGAAGCGUCUAGUCUACCUCACAGGUGGCAAAGCUUUUCCUCGUCCAGAGGGAGGGAGAUUAUAAUAUGGCUCGCAACAGCCGACCUCUUAGCUUCCUUAGGUGUAUUUAUGAGAUCUGCUCUUUGGAUGAAUUUCAAAUCUAUAAUGCCAAUGGAAGAUGAUACUUCGAGCGUCGUCUUCUGUGCACUUUCAUCUGCCUGGACACAGUAUUUUUAUAUGGCAACAUGGAUAUGGACUCUGUGCUAUGCUAUAGACAUGAAACUGUUGCUCGGAGAUCGACCUGGACACCCUACCUGUUACCAUGCUUUUGCGUGGAUAUGUCCAGCAAUUCUGACAACAUUUGGCUUGGCAAUCUUGUACAUACCAAACGCAAACUGCCACAAUUUAACGUCUUUGUCCACAGCCAUACUGCGCAUUCUCCCGAAUUAUUGCGCUACUUACGUACUAUUAACGGCGGUAAUGAUCAUCAAUCCAAUAUUGUAUUUCGCGUCGACGCGCGAUCUUCAAACUGCCGUCAGUUGCAGUUUGGCGCAAAUCACGGGCAGAGAAAGAAAACUGGUACAAACUAUAAAAGUGAAAUUCGCGUUGACCAACGUUGCGUAUUACGUGUGUUGGCUGCCGAAUUUAAUCAACGGAAUACUAUUAUGGACUCUAUGGUUUCAAUUACCGAUCAAAGCCAUUAUUACACUGUGGUACAUAAUGGCUGUUACGAAUCCCCUGCAAGCGUUCUUCAACGCGCUGGUGUACAAAAGAUGGGGCAAAGCGGAGAAAUUCCGACUCGAAUGUUGCCAGAAAUUAGGCAGCUUCAAUAUAAGAAAAAUUGCGACAGGUAACACGGGCAUACGACUAACCGAAUCAUCGCCAUUGUUAAAUCCUAAAUACGGAUGCCCGCCACAUACGAGUAUAAAUGGAUCUUCUUCGUUUUGAAGUCUGUG